CCUGGCAUUGGUUUAGUUUCAAGUUCACGGGCGAAUGAUAAGUUGAAUUAUAAAAUUAGUUUUUUAAUUACAGUAAAAAUGAAGACGUGGGCGGUUGUGUCUACAGUGUUUUAUUUUGGAGCGGUUUAUAUUCAUGCAGCUCCAGAAGAUGACAAAGUUUUUAACGUAACAAUGACUAUGGUGAAAGUCGGGGUAAUAAACAUGGAUGUGAACGCCAUUUGCAGAGCUGCAGGAUACAUAACUCCGGAUGAACUUGCGGCAUACAUAACCACAGAAGAAAGCGCGAAGAAAAAAAGUAAAAGUGUUACAACAGUAGAAGAUACUACUACUGUUGAACCCGGGACGUCAACUACAAGAGAAACUACUACCGGUCCAUCGGUGAGCGUCAAAACUGCAACUGACAAGUCAACGACGGUUGCUAGCACAACAGAUUCUGUAGCAGAAACUGUUACCCCGAUUAUUAGUACAACAAAAUCUUCAGCAGAAACUGUCACCAUUCCACCCGCGCACGUAACUAAUGCGAGUGACGAUCCAACAGUUGGUAGUACAAUAGACUAUACAACAGAAACUGGUACACCAGAUUAUUCAACAGAAACUAGUACAGGUACAGGUCGUGGUAUUGGUAGAGGUUAUUCAAGAAAAACUGGUACAACAAAUUAUGCAACAGAAACUGGUACAACAGAAACUAGUACCACAGAAACUGGUACAACAGAAACUGGUACAACAGAAACUGGUACAACAGAAACGGGUACAACAGAAACUGGUACAACAGAAACUGGUACAACAGGAACUGGCACAACAGAAACUAGUACAACAGAAACGGGUACAACUGAAACUGGUACAGCAGAAACUGGUACAACAGAAACGGGUACAACAGAAACGGGUACAACAGAAACGGGUACAACAGAAACGGGUACAACAUAUUAUUCUACAGAAACUACUACCCCGAUUAUUAGUACCACAGAUCCUUCAUCAGAAACUAUUAGCCCGAUGUUUAGGAAAAUAGGUUAUUCCGCAGAGACUGCUGUUACUACGAUUACUACUACAGAAGAUUCUUUAACAGAAACUACUACCAGUUCACUCGCGAGCGUAAUAAAUACGGGUGUCAAGUCAAAGAGGAUUACUAGUACAACAGAUUCUGCAGUGAAAACUACAACAGACAUACCAAAGACAACACCCGAAACAUCAACCACAGGCAAAUUAAGUACCACGGAGAAGACAUCCGACACAACGGAACAUGAAAUUGUUACUACAGAUACUAUAUCACGUAAGAAAAUAAUGUCGGACACAAGCGUGUAUUCCACUACAGAACCUGACUCAACUACAGAAACGGAACCCGACUUAAUUACAACAGAACAUAGUGAAGCAUCAUCUACUGGCAAACUUGGAACCGGCAAUGGGUCGCGGCCAGAUUACAGAAUCUACAUAUAUCUGUUGCUGUCUCUCCUGUUAGCCGGGAUUAUCAUCUGGAUCAGCUAUAUGAUAUACACUAGGCAUCAAGCCAAUAGUUACGUGCUACCACCGCCUGCUGCAGAGGCCACACCACUCAACCAAAUUACAAGCGCGGCGUAGAAGCGACGGAUUUCAACAACUAUAAUACAAACGCCUGUUUAAGAUAUUUAAUGAAAACAUUAGGUUUUAAAAUAUUUUGGCCCCAGGCCAUUGACAAUUGUUGAAGCUACAUGAUGACGAAACGGUGCUGUUACA